CGGGCGCGGACAAACGGCGUCGCGCUGUUGACAAGUGACUUUGCAUUGCGCGAAGAAGCCGGUUCACAGUGUUCGUGUGUACAGACAGUUAACUUGCUUUCAUUCCCUGUCGAGACACCGACCAGAGCACACGGAUCCGAAGCGGUGCGAAAGUGAAACUGUUGGCUUUUGUUUUUGGCUUAUCAGCGGGUUAUCGAGACGAGGCAGAAUGACCGAGAAGUGCAAAUGUGGUCCGGGAUACGCAACGCCACUGGAUGCGGUUCGCAAUGGCCCGGUGGAGAAACUGCUGUACGUCGUUUGCGUUCAGCCGAAUCUCGACGAAGAGCACGGAGACUACCUGGCGACGGUGGACGUUGACCCCACCAGUCCAACCUACUGUCAGAUCAUCCAUCGUACAUACACCAACAGCAAAGGGAACGAGCUGCACCACAGCGGUUGGAACACUUGUUCCAGCUGUCAUGUUGUGCCGGGCGAUAAGGAAGUUCCCCGGCGCGAUCGGUUGGUGCUUCCGUGCCUUAACUCCGAUCGCAUUUUCGUCGUCGACACGGGCACCGAUCCUCGGGCCCCCACGCUGGCCAAGGUGGUCGAACCGGAUGUUCUGAAGUCGGUCAACUGUACGGCACCGCAUACCACGCACUGUCUACCGAAUGGCAACAUUAUGAUGUCGGUGAUGGGUGACGCCGAGGGAAACGCCAAGGGUGAAUUUGUGGAAUUCGAUAAGGAGUUUAAUCUCGUCGGAACGUGGACAAGGGGCGAGCGGAGGGCGCUGUGUGGCUAUGACUACUGGUAUCAGCCGCACUUCAACGUGAUGGUCGCUUCCGAGUGGGGUGCCCCGAAGCUGUUCCGGCGCGGAUUCCGUCCGACCGAUAGCGACGAUCGUACCCAGUACGGCUGCCGAUUGAACUUCUACCGCUGGCAGGAGCGUGAACUCUUCCAAACGAUCGAUCUCGGUGACGAUGGCCUAACGCCGCUCGAGAUACGCUUCCUGCACAAUCCACGCGAAAACCAAGGCUACGUGGGUUGUGCCUUCUUUGCGAACGUGUACCGGUUCUAUCGAACGCCCGGCAGCGACAAGUACGCCGCGGAAAAGGUGAUCGACGUGCCGGUGAAAACGGUCAUCAACGGCAGCGAGACGGAAAUCAUGGGUGGCAUGAUGACGGACAUCUUGAUCUCGCUCGACGACCGCUUCCUGUACUUCAGCAACUGGCGCCAUGGUGACGUGCGCCAGUACGACAUUACCGACCGGGCGCAUCCCCGGCUCACCGGGCAGGUGUUUCUCGGCGGUGCCAUCUUGAACGAUUCGCCCGCACGGGUGGUGGACGAUCCGGAACUGAGCGAGCAACCGGCCCCGGUGUUCGUGAAAAACCGUCGCCUCCUAGGUGGACCGCAGAUGCUGCAGCUGUCCCUCGACGGAAAGCGGCUGUACGUGUCGUCCAGUCUGUUCUCGCCCUGGGAUAAACAGUUCUACCCGGAGAUGGUGCGUGCGGGUGGCACGAUCGUGCAGCUCGACAUCGACGUCGAGAACGGCGGGAUGACACUGAACGAAAACUUCCUGGUGGACUUUGGCAACGAACCGUACGGUCCGGGGUUGCCACAUGAGAUGCGGUAUCCCGGUGGUGACUGCACCUCGGACAUUUGGCUCGUGAACGAGUGAAUGGAAAGGCGCGGGGCGGGAAACAGCCAGAUGAAAGUUUAUUAUGCAUUCCAAGUUUAUUAUCCUUACCUCAAUGUGAGGUAAUUAUUUUUGUAAAUUAAAUUAAUUCAUUUUGUAUUAACAUGCUUUGAAACGCAUUCAAUAUAGCAGAAAAUGAAAAAUCAUAAACAUAUAAAUGCGUUUUAUU